AUGGACAGAGAUCCGAGUGAAGAUGACAGUGUGGCAGAGCUCAGCUUUGAGGCUGAGAGUCCUCUGGCGCCCCCUACGGAGCUCCUGGAAAGACUGCCCAGCUACAACUGGCUUCUUCAAGGGGACAGUCAGCAGAUAUUCUUCCAACCUCUGGAGGCCCCAGCGAGGCCCCAGGAGCAAAGGUUGUGGUCCUCAUUCCUGGAGCACAGAAUCCCGGUGGUGACGGAGGAGGUGGCCCGGGAAGCUCUCCUCAGCUUCGUGAGCUCUAAAUGCUGCUAUGGCAGCGCAGUGGCCAGCGGCCUGGUCAUCCGGGAGCUGAGGCAGCAGACCCUCUGCCGGUAUCGACUAGAGACCUUCAGCGAAUCCAGGAUAACCGAGUGGACGUUUCAACCCUUUACUAAUCACUCAGUGGAUGGGCCACAAAGAGGUGCCUUCCCCAGCCUCUGGGACAUCAAGGUCCAGGUUCCCCCAAUGUUUCAGGAAGACACCAGAAAGUUCCAAGUCCCUCACUCAUCAUUGGUCAAGGAAUGCCACAAAUGCCACGGGCGUGGGAGGUACAAGUGCAGCGGCUGUCAUGGGGCCGGCAUGGCCAGGUGCCCAUCCUGCAGCGGAGCCAAGCGCAAAGCCAAGCAGUCCCGGAGGUGUCAGCUGUGCUCCGGCUCUGGCAGGCGAAGGUGCAACACAUGCUCAGGGAGGGGGAACAAGACCUGUGCCACCUGCAAGGGGGAGAAGAAACUGCUGCACUUCAUCCAGCUGGUCAUCGCGUGGAAGAACAGCCUGUUUGAGUUCGUGUCUGAGCACCAGCUCAGCUGCCCCAGGGAGCUCCUUGCCAAAGCCAGAGGAGAAAACCUCUUUAAGGAUGAAAACUUGAUGGUGUACCCCAUUGUGGACUUCCCCCUGCGGGACAUCUCUCUGGCCUCCCAGAGGGGCAUUGCCGAGCACAGUGCUGCCCUGGCCACCCACGCCCGUGUCCUGCAGCAGCGCCAGACCAUUGAGCUGAUCCCCCUUACAGAAGUUCAUUACUGGUACCAAGGAAAGACUUAUGUCUACUACAUCUACGGCACUGACCACCAGGUGCAUGCAGUUGACUACCCUGAGCGGUACUGCUGUGGCUGCACCAUCAUCUGACACAACACAGCUGUCCCCAGGACCCGCCAUUCACGUUUGCCAAGGAGGACAAAAGGGAGUCUCGGAGUUUUCUCAUAGUUGGCUACUUUGGAGAACUAUAUACAGCCCCCAGCA